AUGGAGUCGGUGUGUGAUCUCCAGGAAGGCAUGUCGACGGAGCGCGCGUACGAGGCGGAGCCCGUGCCGUCCUUGUCGGAGACUAUCACGGUGCGGUCGCUGGCGGUGAGCUUGGUCCUGGCGGUGACGCUGACGGUGGUGGCCAUGAAGAUCAGCCUCAACUCGGGGUUCCUCCCGUCGCUGAGCAUCCCGGCGUGUCUGCUGGGAUUCUACCUGUCGCGCGCGCUGAUCCGCAUGCUGGACUACCUGGAGGUGUCGCACCUGCCCUUCACUCGGCAGGAGAACACGGUGAUCCAGACGUGCGUGGUGGCCUGCACCAACAUCGCGUUCUCGGGCGGGUUCGGGACCUUCCUCCUGGCGAUGGGCGGGAGCUCGGCGGGAGUCAGCAUGAAGCACGACAACAACAUCGAGGAGCCGGGCAUCAUCCGCAUGGUGGGGUUCCUGUUCCUGGUGAGCUUCGCCGGCAUAUUCAUCAUCAUGCCCUUCAGGAAGGUGAUGGUCAUCCGGCACCAGCUGACGUUCCCCAGCGGCACGGCCACAGCGCACCUCAUCAACAGCUUCAACACACCGCAGGGCGCCACCCAGGCCAAGAUCCAGGUGGAGAUGCUCUUCAGGUCCCUCGGAGGGUCCUUGGUCUGGUCCAUCUUCCAGUGGUUCUUCUCCGCCGGGAGGAGUUGCGGCUUCAGGGUGUUCCCCACGUUCGGGAUGCAAGCCUACAGGCAUGGCUUCUUCUUCGACUUCUCCAUGACCAAUGUGGGGGUUGGCAUGAUCUGCCCCUACAUGAUCACCAUCUCCAUGCUCGUCGGGUCGCUUGUCUCCUGGGGGAUCCUCUGGCCUUACAUCGAGACCAAGGAGGGCGACUGGUACCCUCGCAACAUUGGCCAGGGCAGCCUCAGUGGCAUCAAGGGAUACAAGGUGUUCGUCGGCGUGUCGAUGAUCCUCGCCGACGGCCUGUUCAACUUCCUCACCAUCAUGUUCCGGACAUCGCGCACCAUGGCUAAACGCCGCAGCCAACCGCCGGUGCUGGCGUCGCAGGGAAACACGCAGCCGUUCCAGUGCCUGAACGCCGGAAGCAACGGCGGGGCCAUGGACAUGGAGCAGCAGACCACGACCGCCAAGAGCUUCGACGAGCGCCGCCGGGCGCAGGUGUUCCUCAGGGACCAGAUACCCAACAUGGUCACCAUCGGCGUCUACGUCCUCCUCGCCACCGUCUCCACUUUAGUCAUCCCACUGCUGUACCGGCAACUGAAAUACUACCACGUUGCGCUCGUCUACAUCGCGGCGCCCCUCUUCACCUUCUGCAACGCCUACGGCUACGGCAUCACGGACAUGAACCUGUCGAGCACCUACGCCAAGAUCGCCAUGAUGGUGUUCGGCUCGUGGGUCGGGAUCAAGGACGGCGGCGUGGUGGCUGGGCUCGUCGCGUGCGGGAUCAUGAUGUGCACGCUCACCAACGGCGGAGAUGUCAUGCAGGACCUCAAGACCGGGUACCUCACGCUCACCUCGCCGCGCGCCGUGCUCAUCAGCGAGCUGGUUGGCACCACCCUCGGCUGCAUCAUCAACCCCAUCGUCUUCUGGAUAUUCUACAAGGUGUACAAGACGGGAGGCGCCGGCGGCGGCGACAUCCCCGACGUGCCAUACGCCAGGGUGUACCGCGGCAUGGCUAUGCUGAGCGUUGGCCAGGAAGGGCUCCCGAAGCACAGCAUGCUCCUCGCCAAGGUCUUCUUCCUGCUCGCGCUGGCCUUGUGCCUGGUCCGGGAGGUGGCCAGCCGACAGAGCUGGCCCAUGCGGCGGUAUAUCCCGAGCACCGUCGCCAUGGCCAUCGCCUUCUUCGUGCCGCCAGACAUGCCGAUCGGGAUGUGCAUUGGGAGCGUGGUGCUGUACAUGUGGGAGCGCAUGGACCCUCGCGGGGAGCGGAUGCUGUCGCCGGCGGUGGCGUCUGGGCUCAUCUGCGGUGAUGGGCUCGGCUCGCUCGUGUCGUCGUUGCUCACGCUGACCAAGGCGACGGGGCCGAUCUGCAUCAAGUUCUUGUCCCGAGGUGACAAUGAGAAGUUGGAUGCCUUCUUGGCGACAUUGCCCGCGAAAACAUAG